UGUUGAAUCUACACCUCAGUUAGAUGCUGGAGUGUAGUGGUUAUCGAGUGAUCACGGAUGGAAAACAGAAGCCCCGACUACCACACACCUUUACACCAAUAGAAAACAACCACAGAAGAAAAUGUUCCACUUGACUGGCCAAUCACAUUGUAUACUUCCUUUGACGGCAACAAGGUGCAGAGGGCAUGAUGUCUCUGACUGAGAUCUGUUUCACUGUCUUCUAACUGUCCGUCAUCAUCACACAUGGACGGGCUGCUCAUUUCUCUGGUCGCUCUCUUAGGAGUUGCGUCCUGCAGUCGUGAUUUGAGAUCUGGAUCGGUGUUGGAGGUGACCGUCAGACCAGGAGACAACGUCACUGUGUACUGUGACUGUAAAGUAUCAGGUGGAGUUUACAUAGUGUGGUACAGGGACUGCUCUCAUGAGAACCAGCCUUCUCUCGUCCUUAAAGUAAAAAUAAGAUCACUCAACAACAGCACUCCUCCAUCUUUUCAUUUUGUGAAAAACUUUUCUUCUGACUCCUUUGACCUGCUGAUCGUAAACAUCACUGAUUCUAAUGAGGGCCUCUACUACUGUGGAACUGAACAGAAAAUAGUGGAGGAUAAAGAAUUUGUUUGGGAAAAAAUGUAUUACGAGUAUGGCAACGUCACAACAAGGAUCCUAUUCAACUCCAGUGAGCCUCACCGUGAGCCUCCACGAGACGGUGGUGAAUGCUGGAUUCUGCUGGUCUCCCUGUGUCCAGCUUUUGCUGUUCUCUCCUCUCUCCUCUCCUCUCUUCUGGUUUAUCAACUCUGUCAGAAAAAAGCUCCGGAACCUCAAGCUGAUCAGGAAAGACCUCAAACCAGACUGCAUCAGGAGGAAGACAUUUGUUAUGCUGCGCUGGAAAUCCGCCAGGCUUCCCGGAGAUCAGAGAAGAAGAAAACCCGGAGUUCAGACUUCAGCACCUAUAGUGCCAUCAAUACUUCUCGGAUGUAGAGCCGCUAAAACGAAAUACCAAACAUAACUAUAUAACAUCUAACGAUGGGCUCAAACCAAGCGUGACACCAAAUCAGGCCAUGUAAUAAUAAUAAUAAUAAUGCAUUUAAUUUAUAUAGCGCUUUUCAUAAUACUCAAAGACACUUCACAUAAUUAAAACAUCCUAAAAGCUAAAAAUAAAUAAAUAGGGGGAGGGGGGGCAAUGGCCCCUUCAAACCCCUUUAUCAGGCCCCGCCCAUCUUCAAACUCGACCUUCAGGUUGAUCACAACUGACACAUCUGUAACGUUUUGUGAAUGCACCAAUGCGACGCGAUCGAGGUCCGAGUGGACACCGACUGGCAGCGCUCGUCUCAGGUCCCAACGGAAUAUAAUGUUGUGUAGUGAGCUAACGUGAGCUAACCGAAGUGUCCGCCUCCUAAUUCAGACAAUGACUCAGACAAUAUCAGUCAGCGGGAAAGCCUUAGAGGAGAUUAUAAUACGGGUAGAUGAAAUCAAGCAUUCUGAUUGGUUGAGAGUGAAUCACGGGGUGUACUUUAUUGAGCCAUAAAGUCCUGUACACCUGUUUACAUUUAUCUGAGUGUUCCAUAUCUGAGCUGAAAUGCGAUACACAACGUUUGGUGGCUACAACUAUUUUGUGCUAAAAGGCAGCUUACUAUUUACUUACUAUUUAUAAUGUCGCUGGCAGCCGUAUUAUAAAAGCUACACGUCGGGCCUAACAACACCCUUGAACAGGACAUUAUUGGCGAUACAGUACUGCAUCUCGUACCUUAUUGCUUAAUUCCGUCGGGGUCACAUUGAGUUCUGUUCUUUGCUAUCUAGGUAAGAAAUCAGCACCAUUGGUGUUGCACUAGAGCACUAGCAUUAGGUACCUACGUGUGAGACAUCCAUACACCAACAUGGUGGCGACAGCGACCGACAUCGUCAGACGUCACGUGACUGCAAGACACCAUGCGGGAGCCUCGAGGCAUAAAAAGUGAAGCCAGUUGUCCUGCAUUCUCUCUACUGGCCAGCAGGGGGCGACUUCUCUGGUUGCAAAAGAGAAGUCAGAUUGUAGAGAAGUCUAUGGGAAAAUGACUCUACUUCUCUCUUGAUUGAAGUCUUUUUCAAUAGAGCAUGAUGUUCAUUUAGUAAAUUAUGAUGACCAUAAAGCAGGGUAUGCUUUACCACAACAUUGUCCCACAACUUUAUCCCUUUCACAGUCUGGGUUUCCUGUGUCCACACAGUUUUCAGCUCAUGAAAGUUACUUGUAACCUUUUCGAUAGUCGAAAAAAUGUAUUAUUCUGCGUUUGGUUUUUGGCUGUCACGAUCAGCUAGAAACCAAGAUGGCGGCAGCCUAAAGGCAGCGGCAGUCCACAAACCCAUGGGUGACAUCACAGUGAUUGCAUCCUCUUCUUUUAUUACAGUCUGGUAAUAAAUUGUAUUGUAUAAAAAAUAAUCAUGGGAUACGUGAAGACCAUUGAGUCACUUAUCUUCCCCCAUUCCAAUCUGAGUGGCAAUCAUUAUCCAUGACCCCGAUGUGAAAAAGAAUGUACGCAGAAAAUUCUGUUGCUUUAUUGUUUGCUUUCUUUGAUGGUGGAAAGCAAUUAUGUUUUUGAAGGUUGAUACUAAACUCAA